CUUGUACACUGAGAACUCUACCAACUGAUUGCCUAUGAGUGUCUAGCAUCGAAGAAAAAACAUGGUUGGAACUAAUACAUUUGUGUUGGCAUACGUGCUUGCCGCUCUGCUGUGGGUUUGCAAGGUGGAUGCAGCCUUCAAGUGUUACGAAUGCAUCGGACUUUCGGAUAGUGACAGCUGUUCGGACAAGUUCACUAAACGUUCCUCUUUGGAAAGUAGUGCAGCCACAUGCAUGUGCUGCAUGAAGACAAUUGUAAACGGCGUCGUUACCAGAGUCUGCUCUCUCAUUCCUCUUGGCAACAAGUGUGAGAAAUCAGGUGGAACGGCAGUCUGUGUCUGUGACAGCGAGCUCUGCAACGGCUCCGAUACCCUGGCUAUUUCCAUGACCCUCCUGCUGUGCGCCAUGCUCGCCGUAUUUUUUUCCAAGUUUUAAUAUUUGAAAAUGACACGGAUAUACGUACUUCUAUACUAUUAAUAGUUAUUACAUGUAUUCAAAUUGUGUAUAUAAAACAAGACAUGGUUCGUAUGAUGGAUAUUAUGCAUGUUUAAUAAGGUAAUAUGCAUAUAGAUUGUAGAUAAAGGAGUCAUUUUGGAAUGUUUACUAGUUUGCCUAUUUACUCGCUUCUAUGCAAGACACUUUUACUUACAGACGAAAAAUACCCAAAAUGACACGCGGCUCUUGGUAUUUACAAACAAUGUUAAUUACAUAACACACGUCGUAACUAUCAAGAAGUUUAAUUACACAUGUAUUUGCAUAACAAUGUUACGUGAAUCCAUGCUUUUCAUUGGAUUAUUGACAUUCUUAAACAUAUGAUACUAUCAAUUCCAUUGUUUUUACCUGCCACCAAUUUCAGCUGCUAAUCUUUAUCUUGGCAUUUUUGUGAAAAAUACAGACUAAAAAGAUAAAAUGAAUACAACGGAGAGCUUUCCGUUUUCUUUUAAUGACCAUUUCACGACCGACGAUAUCAUGUGUAAAGGUUCAAACAAUUCAGACGACUAAGAGAUAUUGCUAUUGGAACUUCAUCCAUUUUGAAUAUUUUUUUUUAUUUACCUUAAUGAUUAAACCACUUUUAAAGAAUUAUCUUCUUCUUUUAAACGUAGCUUUAUUGUCAAAGGUGAAGUCCACACGACACGGGCUCAACUAAUUCCGUUACAAUAUUCACAGCCCGUGUAACUCUCUCCGCAGACUUUUAAAGACGAUUUAGGCAAAUGUAUUUAUGCUGCAAGCUUCGGACGGUGAGAUGUUCGUCUGUGUCUUAUGUUUGCGCUAAUUUAAGUUGCAACCUCAUUUUGUCAUGUCCUAUAUGAACAUGUUCGCCUAUUUUGCUGAUUUUCGCACAUGUAUGCCAUCUGUUGUGGGUAAUUAUAAUAAAUGUUUAUAGUGUCGUACUAUUUGCAUGGGUAUUUUAUUGCCUGUUAUGAAUGUACAACUUAUUCUUAAACGUUAUGCCUUU